AUGAGGGUUCCCAGUCACCUGUUUUUCUACGACAACUCGAAGGAUGUUGAUAACGAUAUCACCUUGGCUGCCACUCCUACCAGCCCCACCACCGCAAGAAACCUGGACGACGAAAAUACUCAAACACCUCUUCAUUACGACUAUUCAAAGGAUUCAGAGAAUGACCUCACCGUCAACACCGAAGACCUGGCUACCAGCCCCACCACCGCUACCAACCUGUCUACCCAACCUCUUCUAAAUGAAAAUGACCACUGGCCGGAUGAUGCUACAAACGACAUCGCCAUGGACACCGAAGACCUGGCUGUCCAAAACGAGCUUCCCACAACCAACGGCCCUGCUACAGCCGUUGAAUUGGGCGAUCCUAUGCUCAACUCUCACAUCCCGAGACAUCCAACUUAG